AUGGAGAUGGAGAUCGACUCCCCGAAGGCGGAGCUCUUCAGAGCCGCAGAAGUGGGGGACUCGCAGGCCUUCCGAUCCCUCUCCGCUGAUGAUCUGCAGAGAGCGCGGUCUCUGCGGAAUGAGGACGGGCGCUCCCUUCUCCACGUUGCGGCCUCCUUCGGCCACGCCGAGGUUUGUCUCCCGAUCCCCAUUCCAAUCCCCUACAAAGUGUUCUUCCGGCCCGUUUUCCAGUGUUUCGACGAACUUUUGAGUUGAGGUUUUAUGUUGAUCCGUCGGAGAAGGUGGUCGGCCUGUUGUCGGCGGCUGAUCCGUCGGUCAGCGGCAUCAACAGCACAGACGAGGAAGGGUGGGCGCCUAUCCACUCUGCUGCUAGCAGCGGCCAUGGAGACGUUGUUGAGAUAUUACUCAGCAGAGGUAUUCCACAAAGCCGUCUGGAGUUUCUCUGUCCGUGAUAAAUAAACCUAACGAAGCACCUUGAUGUUCUUCGAGUGUAUAUAGUCGACCCAUGUGCGAUACAAGUGAGUUGCAACUGUGAUAGAGUUGAUGAGGUGGAAGAAUUUUGAACAAAACUUGGCUGAGCCAGUACGUAUGAACUAUGUAAAUCGAAUACUCAGGAACUCUAGGCAAUUUUUUUUGCAUUUGACCCAAAAUCUGAGGAAAACAGCGAGAUAGUGACUUGAAAUUUUAAGUUUAGGUAAAAGAGUUUCAUAAUACAACUAGAGCCUUCAAUACUAGGGGGAAUAUUCGAGUAUGAACAUGUUUUAAAGGAGCAAACGAUAGAGAAAGCGGGGCGUUCGAACACUCUGGCCUUUUCCACACUCCUGCGUCGAAUGAUUUUGUGAAUAUUCUCAAAAAUUUUAGGUUCUUCAAUGAGUGCCGGUCCAUAAGAAAUUUAAAAGGCAAACGUUGACAAACUUCACCUGAAAUUUAUAAUUUCUUCGCGUUAUGAACAAUGUUUUUUCAGUCUUUGUCAUGGAUAGCGUAUCCCGAUUCAAAUCACAGAAAUUUCUUGGACACCAUAUUAUAAAAGUAUCUUGUUUUGACAUUUAGAAGUAAAAGGCAUUCAGAUACAUUGUUGUGAAACAAAUUGGUAGAUGUGCAAUCUCUUUCUUCAGCAUUACGGUGUUUUAAAUCAAUGAAUACAACAAGCAGGAGCUUCUGUGAAUUUGGUGAAUAAUGGUGGUCGCCUUCCACUUCACUACGCUGCUAGCAAAGGAUGGUUGAAAAUAGCAGAAAUGAUGAUCGCCCAUGGUUCAAAGCUCAAUCGCAAGGAUGAGGUUCGUCAGUCACUGGAAAUUUUCUGACACUUUUUUUCCACAAGCUCUGCUUCAUGCUCCUAUGGUUGAUACCACGUGGGCAUUUGAGUCUCUCUUACAACUGCAUUCAGGUUGGUUGCACCCCCCUCCAUCGUGCUGCAAGCACAGGAAAUGGGGAGUUAUGCGAGCUGUUGAUAGAGGAAGGAGCUGAAGUUGAUGCUGUUGACAGAACAGGCCAAACGCCUCUCAUGCAUGCGGUUAUUUGCCAAAACAAUCAGGUAAAAGCCCAAAUAACCAUACAACGGUAGGUUGGAACCAUAAGAUUCGCCCUCUUUGGGAAGAAUCGAACACUCUUGGGACUCUUCUUUCCUACAUGUCAGUUCCACUUAUAUGAGAUCUAUCACAAAUGGCAUCAAAGAUCUGCCUUCGAUUCUUAUGCUUGCUCUCUGUGAAUUCUUUCCACCUAUGAAUUAUCCAAUCGUCAAACCCCUAAAUCCAUCUUAUAUUAACUUUAAUUCUUUCCAUAAAACCUGUUAUUUCCCGAGGAUUGGGAGUAAUUCCCCCUAGAUUCUCUCUAGUUUUCUGUUCUUCUGAACUCCCUCUCCAUUUACAUGGCAGGUCGCUCUCCUGCUAAUCAGGCAUGGGGCGGAUGUUGACGUCCAAGACAAGGAAGGAUACACCGUUCUUGGCCGGGCUACCAGCGACUUCAGACCUGCUCUUAUCGACGCGGCCAAGGCCAUGCUGGAAGAUUAG